UUACAAUCUCCUAAAAAAGUUAUAAAAGCCCUUUAUGAUUAUAAACCUCAAGGUCCUGGAGAAUUAGAAUUCAACAAAGGUGACUUCUUCCAUGUCAUUGGGAACGAAGACGAUCCUGAAUGGUAUGAAGCCACAAACCCUUCCAAAAACACUAGAGGAAUGGUUCCUGUUCCAUAUUUUGAAGUAUCCAAUAAGAAACUAUCAACGGAUUCAAUGCCAACUUCAAGAUCUUCAAGAUCUUCAUCAAGUAAUAUGCUUUAUGCUAUUGUACUGUAUCAAUUCAAGGCUGAAAGGUCUGAUGAAUUGGAUGUAAACAUUGGAGAAAAUAUCAUAUUGUGUGCCCAUCAUAACUAUGAAUGGUUUAUAGCCAAACCUAUAGAUCGAUUAGGUGGUCCUGGGUUAGUUCCAGUUAGUUAUGUUUCUGUUAUUAAUAUCUUGACGGGGAACUCAACGGGGAAUGAUGUUGUUGAUGAUAUAAAUGGUGCUAAUUUACCCACUGUGGAUGAUUGGAAGAAUAAAAAUGCUAGGUAUAAGGCAAGUUCGAUCCCAUUAGGAAAUGUGGAAGAGGAUUCUACAAUCCCUGUGCAGCAGGAACAACAAGAUGGUCAUAGAGAAUCCAGGGCACAAUCUCAAUUCACUUUUGAAAAUGAGACUCAAGUUGAUGAAUCAAUACCAUAUAUCGUUGAUGCCUCUGUGGAUUCUUUCAAUGUGGAUAAUGGGAGAUAUUGGUUCCAUGUUAAUGCAGAGUUAAAUAAUGGGGAAUCAAGAUCAUUAUGUCGAUAUUAUGAAGAUUUUUAUGAUUUCCAAAUCAAGUUGUUGGAAUAUUUCCCUAAUGAAGCUGGACGUCAACAACAACAAUCCAAGAGAAUAUUACCAUUCAUACCUGGUCCGUUAACUUAUGUUACUGAUAAGAUUACUAAAAAGAGACAAGUUGAUUUAAAUGAUUAUGUUAAAGAGUUGAUUUCACUACCGAAAUAUAUUUCACAAUCUAAUUAUGUUAAGAAAUUGUUUGAAACAAGACAUGAAUAUGAUCACUUGAUCGAUUCUGAUAAUCAAUUUGUUCAAUUGGAACGGAAUAAAGUUGUUAAUUCUGGGUAUUAUGAAGAUGAAGAUCCAAAUAGUACAAUAGUGAAGGAUGAAUCAGUAAAGACACUUAAUGCGGAGAGUGGGUACAAGAUCAACCAUCAACAGCAGGGCACUCCAGUUAAAUUGAAGUUUUAUUAUAGGGAUGAUAUCUUUGCACUAAUGAUUAAUAAAGAUGUAUUGUUGGAUGAAUUACGUGAAAAGAUUCGUACAAGGAUAUAUGAUGACGAUGAU